UACGCUGCGCGCCAAAUUUGUAAAGUCCGGAAGGCGCAACAACAAAACACAAGCGGGCUCUGUGUUCUCCUCAGCGGUGUUGUACUUAGAUAUUAUUUUGAUACGGUGUAUCUUGGCACCAUGUCUCAACAAGAAGGGUACUCGCCCAGCUUUAAACGGCCUGCGGAAAUUAUGCGAAUGAGGAGGAAGAGAGCCCGAAGCGAUGCCGGAGUCUUCUCGAGCCCGAGCGGCCAGGGUUCCUCUGGUAGCCCCGGACAAAGCAGCUCGUCCCCGGCCUCCCUUCGUCCCUUUUCCCCGGGACCGCUUUUCAACGCCCAGCAGCGUUCCGGGGGCGGAAUAAAACGCAGGAACCCGUUCGCAAAUAUCGAGAAUACGUUCAGCCCCAAAAAGAAACUUCUCAUCUAUAACGACGGUAGUGCCGAACCUGCGGAAAGUCACGGCAAAGCUGCACUAAAGGAAGGAGAUUGGCAUUUCAGUGAGAAGUUGACUGAGGCGGAAAAAAGGGAAUCCGAACAUAUUCCCAGCGAGAAGUGUCAAACUUUCUCAGAGGACGACUCUCUGUUUGAAGAGGAGGAGGAAGAUGUUCUAAGGCCACUACUGAAGAGCCCUCAGGCCAUUGCUCCUGCCUCCAUAGCCCCUCCCGUCUGCACUGAAUAUCCGGCUGACUGGAGCCUGAAGACUCGCGUCCUCUUCACCUCCCCGCUAUCCCUGUCAUGGGCCGAGCACCCCAAAGCCCAGGAGGAAGCUCUGGGACUCAGCCAGCACUGCAGAUCUCAGUUCACCACCCUGCCGCACAGUUUGCAGGAUCCCAAGUCCAGCUCAGAGCUCCGUUGCGCCUUCCAGCAGAGUCUGGCGUAUUGGCAGCAUCCCUCCGUGUCCUGGCUGUCUCUGUUUCCCAGGAUCAACGCAGAGAGGAGCUUCACCGGGAAGAGCACGCCGUGGGCUCAGGACGCAGCGCUGCAGCAGAGCCUCAUGAGGGAAUGGUCCGUCAGCCUCUCAUCCCUCUACAGUCUCUUAAAGUCCAGACUCUGUCCAUACUUCUACCUUUGCUCCUAUCAGUUCACAGUGCUGUUCAGGGCGGCAGGUCUCGGGGGGAACGGAAGCAUCACCGCUUUGAUUUCUCCCACAACGAGGGGUCUCAGAGAGGCAAUGAAGAGCGAAGGCAUAGAGUUCAGUCUCCCCCUAGUGGAGGAGAAGAAGAAGGGCAGGGAGCAACAGAACUCUGGAGCUGACCACGGGGAGGAGGAUGAAGGAGAGCACAAGGAAAAGGAACACCACAGGACACCCUCAGAAGACGACGUGGAUGGCGACGAUGAGUGCACUGAAGAUGAGGAGUGUAGUUUCUCCUGGCUGAAGGAGAUGGGAGUCCAGGACAAAAUCAAGAAACCUGAUGGCAUCACCAUAAAACUUCGCAAGGACAGCCACACCGUGUCUCUGGACCACAAACCUGAGUCGGUGGUCUGCGUGGAAGGGUCGCACACCUUCACCCUCAUCAACUUCCUCAUCAACUGUAAGAGCAUGGUGGCCGCAGCCGGUUCCCAGGCUGGCCUCCCCCCGACGCUGCUCUCUCCCGUCGCUUUCAGAGGAGCUACGAUGCACACACUGAAGAGCCGCAGCGUGAACGUGAAGAGCCAGGUUGGCUCCACCUACCAGAACAUCAGCAGUCUGGAAGUCACAGGACCGAUCCUUCCGUCCUCCCUUCACGCCAUCACCACCCUCCUCCGGCCGGCGCAGAAAGGAAACUUCUCAGCUGCCCUUUACGCGCACGUGCCCACAGCUGUCAUGAACGUGCACGCCAAACAGUUCACUAAUGGAACAGCGGACCUGUCCGCUUGUGGCCUCCACCCUUCCUCCGUCCAGCAGCUGCAACAGCCCUCCGGUCUGGGCAAGAGUGCUCUGACCCACAUCAACAUGAACAACUACAGCUACACUUGGAAGAACUAACAAAAGUUGGCCAUUAAUGUGUGUUCCUCCAACUUGCACUCUUGAUUGAGAUUUUACUUUCUUGCACUGUGUCCUUUGCAAUCUAGCGUUUAUGAUUUUUAUAUGUUCAGUGCAACCUUUAUAUUAAAGUUGAUUGCUGCUCCUGCGCCGUGGCAGGUUCUGUGAUUAUACGCAGGACUGGAAUGCUAAAGAAAUAAAUGCGUUCUAUUGAAUACAGAAAACCA